AUGUCUCCGCCGGAGCAGUCGACGGCCCCCGAGCGCUCCAACUCGCCUGCCGACCAUGAGCAGGCACCCAAGACGACUCUUGCCUCGGAGGGCAAGCUGACUGCUGCCACUGCCGCCGACCCCCCGACUGGCGACGCCUCUACCCGCCUCGAUUCCGAGUCUUCACAUGGCAGGUCCCUGGCGACGACAGCGCCAACAACCGACGGCCAGGCACAGUCGCCCCCCCAACACCCCACGCCGCUGCUGAUAAAGGGCAAGCACGCCGCCGUGCCGCCAUCGCUGGGCUCCGACCCAGACCCGUCUUCCCCCUCCGAGGCCACAGCCAGGGCGCCGCCUCCACUGUCCGGCACGGCCGCGCAGUAUCUCACGGCCGAACCCUCCAACUACGUCGAUCCCACUCCCGCCACCCCCAUCACAUCGCAGCCGCCGUCUCGAACCCCAUCCAACGCCAGGUCCCAUCGCUCCGACGCCCACUCCCCUGUCAGGUCAGACGACGACGACAAGAAAUAUGCAAGCGGCGACGACCAAGACAGCGGCUCCCGCUCCGAGAUUCAGAGCAUCAUGGAGCAGUUCAGUGAAGCCGGUGGCGGCCCGGGAGAGGACGAGGUCAUGAGCCCCAGGCUCGAAAUUGCCUCCCCCAGGCUCGGCGGCUCCAUGCAGCUCCCGCUCCGCAAGUCGAGCUUGGAGCCCGCAACCCCGUCUAUCCCUGCCCAGCUGCACGACUUUAGUGCCUUGCGCCUGUCGACGUCGUCUCCCGCCAGCGUCCGAUCCAAGGAUCGCUUAGUAGACGACCAGGGACCGCCCGUGCCCCCCAAAGAUGGCCCUUUCGGAGGCCCCUCCCGCCCGAGGAGCGAUCUCGCACCGUCCUCCGUCACAUCGCCAACGUCGCCUGUAAUGCCCGUGCACCGUCCGCCGCCCCCGGAGCCGGAGCCGGAGCCGGAGCUGCCGUUUGAUUUCCACCGAUUUCUCGAACAGCUGCGGAACAAGAAGGCCGACCCCGUGGCGAGAUAUCUCAAGUCUUUCCUCUCCGAGUUUGGCAAGAAGCAGUGGAUGGUACAUGAGCAGGUCAAGAUCAUCAGCGACUUCCUCGCCUUCAUCGCCAACAAAAUGGCCCAAUGCGAGGUCUGGAGGGACGUGUCGGAUGCUGAGUUUGACAAUGCCCGUGAGGGCAUGGAGAAGCUAGUCAUGAACAGGCUCUACACACAGACCUUUUCGCCCGCCAUUUCGCCCCCAAAACCCAUCCCCGGGCACCAGGAGGAUGUCGAGCGGGAUGACAUCUUGGCGCAGAAAAUCAACAUUUACGGGUGGGUCAAGGAGGAGCAUCUCGACAUUCCACCCUUUGGCGACAGCGGACGCCGCUUCUUGAAGCUGGCACAGCAAGAACUCGUCAAGAUCAAGUCGUAUAGGGCACCGCGGGACAAGAUUAUAUGCGUGCUCAACUGCUCCAAGGUAAUCUUCGGCCUCUUGAAACACAACAAGUCGGACUCUUCCGCAGACUCAUUCAUGCCCCUGCUCAUCUAUGUCGUCUUGCAAUCGAACCCCGCGCAUCUGGUGUCCAACGUCCAGUACAUUCUACGCUUCCGCAACCAGGACAAGCUCGGCGGCGAAGCGGGCUAUUACCUGUCAUCACUUAUGGGAGCCGUUCAGUUCGUCGAGAACAUGGACCGCUCGUCGCUGACCAUUUCCGACGACGAGUUUGAGAGAAAUGUCGAGGCGGCCGUCUCGGCCAUUGCCGAGAAACACUGUCUCACGUCUCCCGUCAUCACGCAGCAAGCCACAUUCGGCGAGAAGCACGCACCGCGUGCCGGCGAGGCGGGUAGUUCCCGGCCGUCAAUGGAUGGCGGCGACUUGUCGACCCCUCCGCUCUCACCCUCGUCCAACGAAGGGGAGCCUCGAGACGAUGGCCCGGCCAUAACAGGGCUCUUGAGGACCAUCCAGAAGCCCCUCUCGACGAUUGGACGCAUCUUCUCCGACGAGCCCGGAUCCUCGUUGUCGACGCCCGCAGGAAGCUCGAGGCUGUCGGCUUCUCCAUCGGAGCAACUAUCCCGACGUUACCAGCGGGACGAGGCUGCCGACAGCUCGUCGCGGCCGUCGUCGAGGCACAGCCUGUCGGUGGAGGAGGCGGCCGCGCGACAGGCCAGUGCCGAGGUGGCCGAGGCGCAACGGCUGCAGCGCGCCGAGCACGCAAACAUUGUCGAGACGCUGGCCGGCAUGUUUCCGGACCUGGACCGCGAGGUCAUCAGCGACGUGGUGUACCAGAAGGAAGGAAGGGUCGGACUGGCCGUCGACGCGUGUCUCGCCUUGUCCACCUAG